GAGGAAGGCGAGAACAGGCUUUGACCGAUAGUAACCUCUGCGCUCCGGGCAGCCGAAUCUAUAAAAGGAACUAGUCUCGGCAAAAACCCCGUAAUUGCGAGCGACAGUGAGUGGGGCCGGGACCCGCAGAGCCGAGCGGACCCUUCUCUCCCGGGUUGCGGCAGGGCAGAGCAGGGCGGGGGGCUCCGCGCACCAACAGGACUAGUUCUCAGGGCGCUUUGCUCCUUGUUUUUUACCCUCGUUCUGUUUUCUCCCCUUCUCCGGAAGGCUUGUCAAGGGGUAGGAGAAAGAGACGCAAACACAAAAGUGGAAAACAGUUAAUGACCAGCCACGGCAUCCCUGCUGUGAGCUCUGGCCGCUGCCUUCCAGGGCUCCCGAGCCACACGCUGUGGGUGCUGGCUGAGGGAACAUGGCUUGUUGGCCUCAGCUGAGGUUGCUGCUGUGGAAGAACCUCACUUUCAGAAGAAGACAAACAUGUCAGCUGCUGCUGGAAGUGGCCUGGCCUCUAUUUAUCUUCCUGAUCCUGAUCUCUGUUCGGCUGAGCUACCCACCCUAUGAACAACAUGAAUGCCAUUUUCCAAAUAAAGCCAUGCCCUCUGCAGGAACACUUCCUUGGGUUCAGGGGAUUAUCUGUAAUGCCAACAACCCCUGUUUCCGUUACCCGACUCCUGGGGAGGCUCCCGGAGUUGUUGGAAACUUUGACAAAUCCAUUGUGUCUCGCCUGUUCUCAGAUGCUCGCAAGCUUCUUUUAUACAGCCAGAAAGACACCAGCAUGAAGGACAUGCGCAAAGUUCUGAGAACAUUACAGCAGAUCAAGAAAUCCAGCUCAAACUUGAAGCUUCAGGAUUUCCUGGUGGACAAUGAAACCUUCUCUGGGUUCCUGUAUCAUAACCUGUCUCUCCCAAAGUCUACUGUGGACAAGAUGCUGAGGGCUGAUGUCAUUCUCCACAAGGUAUUUUUGCAAGGCUACCAGUUACAUUUGACCUGUCUGUGCAACGGAUCAAAAUCAGAAGAGGUGAUUCAACUUGGUGACCAAGAAGUUUCCGAGCUUUGUGGCCUACCAAGGGAGAAACUGGCUGCAGCAGGGCAGGUACUUCAUUCCAACGUGGACAUCCUGAAGCCAAUCCUGAGAGGACUAAACUCUUCAUCUCCCCUCCCGAGCAAGGAGCUGGCUGAAGCCACAAAAACAUUGCUGCAUAGUCUUGGGACUCUGGCCCAGGAGCUGUUCAGCAUGAGAAGCUGGAGUGACAUGCGACAGGAGGUGAUGUUUCUGACCAAUGUGAACAGCUCCAGCUCUUCCACCCAGAUCUACCAGGCUGUGUCUCGUAUUGUCUGCGGGCAUCCCGAGGGAGGGGGGCUGAAGAUCAAGUCUCUCAACUGGUAUGAGGACAAUAACUACAAAGCCCUCUUCGGAGGCAAUGGCACUGAGGAAGAUGCUGAAACCUUCUACGACAACUCUACAACUCCUUACUGCAAUGAUUUGAUGAAGAAUUUGGAGUCUAGUCCUCUUUCCCGCAUUAUUUGGAAAGCUCUGAAGCCUCUGCUUGUUGGGAAGAUCCUGUAUACACCUGACACUCCAGCCACAAGGCAGGUUAUGGCUGAGGUGAACAAGACCUUCCAGGAAUUGGCUGUGUUCCAUGAUCUGGAAGGCAUGUGGGAGGAACUCAGCCCCAAGAUCUGGACCUUCAUGGAGAACAGCCAAGAAAUGGACCUUGUCCGGACGCUGUUGGACAGCAGGGGCAAUGACCACUUUUGGGAACAGCAGUUGGAUGGCUUAGAUUGGACAGCCCAAGACAUUGUGGCGUUUUUGGCCAAGCACCCAGAGGAUGUCCAGUCCAGUAAUGGUUCUGUGUACACCUGGAGAGAAGCUUUCAACGAGACUAACCAGGCAAUCCGGACCAUAUCUCGCUUCAUGGAGUGUGUCAACCUGAACAAGCUGGAACCCAUAGCAACAGAAGUCCGGCUCAUUAACAAGUCCAUGGAGCUGCUGGAUGAGAGGAAGUUCUGGGCUGGUAUUGUGUUCACUGGAAUUACUCCAGGCAGCAUUGAGCUGCCCCACCAUGUCAAGUACAAGAUCCGAAUGGACAUUGACAACGUGGAGAGGACAAAUAAAAUCAAGGAUGGGUACUGGGACCCUGGUCCUCGAGCUGACCCCUUUGAGGACAUGCGGUACGUCUGGGGCGGCUUCGCCUACUUGCAGGAUGUGGUGGAACAGGCAAUCAUCAGGGUGCUGACAGGCACCGAGAAGAAAACUGGUGUCUAUAUGCAACAGAUGCCCUAUCCCUGUUAUGUUGAUGACAUCUUUCUGCGGGUGAUGAGCCGGUCAAUGCCCCUCUUCAUGACACUGGCCUGGAUUUACUCAGUGGCUGUGAUCAUCAAGGGCAUUGUAUAUGAGAAGGAGGCGCGGCUGAAAGAGACCAUGCGGAUCAUGGGCCUGGACAACAGCAUCCUCUGGUUUAGCUGGUUCAUUAGUAGCCUCAUUCCUCUUCUUGUGAGCGCUGGCUUGCUGGUGGUCAUCCUGAAGUUAGGAAACCUGCUGCCCUACAGUGACCCCAGCGUGGUGUUUGUCUUCCUGUCCGUGUUUGCUGUGGUGACCAUCCUGCAGUGCUUCCUGAUUAGCACACUCUUCUCCAGAGCCAACCUGGCGGCAGCCUGUGGGGGCAUCAUCUACUUCACGCUGUACCUGCCCUACGUUCUGUGUGUGGCAUGGCAGGACUAUGUGGGCUUCACACUCAAGAUCUUCGCUAGCCUGCUGUCUCCUGUGGCUUUCGGGUUUGGCUGUGAGUACUUUGCCCUUUUUGAGGAGCAGGGCAUUGGAGUGCAGUGGGACAACCUGUUUGAAAGUCCUAUGGAGGAAGAUGGCUUCAAUCUCACCACUUCAGUUUCCAUGAUGCUGUUUGACACCUUCCUCUAUGGGGUGAUGACUUGGUACAUCGAGGCUGUCUUUCCAGGCCAGUACGGAAUUCCCAGGCCCUGGUAUUUUCCUUGCACCAAGUCCUACUGGUUUGGUGAGGAAAGUGAUGAGAAGAGCCACCCUGGUUCCAACCAGAAGAGAAUGUCAGAAAUCUGCAUGGAGGAGGAGCCCACCCAUCUGAAGCUGGGCGUGUCCAUUCAGAACCUGGUAAAAGUCUACCGAGAUGGGAUGAAGGUGGCUGUCGAUGGCCUGGCACUGAAUUUUUAUGAGGGCCAGAUCACCUCCUUCCUGGGCCACAAUGGAGCGGGGAAGACGACCACCAUGUCAAUCCUGACUGGGUUGUUCCCCCCGACCUCAGGCACAGCCUACAUCCUGGGAAAAGACAUUCGCUCUGAGAUGAGCACCAUCCGGCAGAACCUGGGGGUCUGUCCCCAGCAUAAUGUGCUGUUUGACAUGCUGACUGUGGAAGAACACAUCUGGUUCUAUGCCCGCCUGAAAGGGCUCUCCGAGAAGCAUGUGAAGGCGGAGAUGGAGCAGAUGGCCCUGGAUGUUGGUUUGCCAUCAAGCAAGCUGAAAAGCAAAACAAGCCAGCUGUCAGGUGGAAUGCAGAGAAAGCUAUCUGUGGCGUUGGCCUUUGUCGGGGGAUCCAAGGUUGUCAUUCUGGAUGAACCCACAGCUGGUGUGGACCCUUACUCCCGCAGGGGAAUAUGGGAGCUGCUGCUGAAAUACCGACAAGGCCGCACCAUUAUUCUCUCCACACACCACAUGGAUGAAGCGGACGUCCUGGGGGACAGGAUUGCCAUCAUCUCCCAUGGGAAGCUGUGCUGUGUGGGCUCCUCCCUGUUUCUGAAGAACCAGCUGGGAACAGGCUACUACCUGACCCUGGUCAAGAAAGAUGUGGAAUCCUCCCUCAGUUCCUGCAGAAACAGUAGUAGCACUGUGUCAUACCUGAAAAAGGAGGACAGUGUUUCUCAGAGCAGUUCUGAUGCUGGCCUGGGCAGCGACCAUGAGAGUGACACGCUGACCAUCGAUGUGUCUGCUAUCUCCAACCUCAUCAGGAAGCAUGUGUCUGAAGCCCGGCUAGUGGAAGACAUAGGGCAUGAGCUGACCUAUGUGCUGCCAUAUGAAGCUGCUAAGGAGGGGGCCUUUGUGGAACUCUUUCAUGAGAUUGAUGACCGGCUCUCAGACCUGGGCAUUUCUAGUUAUGGCAUCUCAGAGACGACCCUGGAAGAAAUAUUCCUCAAGGUGGCCGAAGAGAGUGGGGUGGAUGCUGAGACCUCAGAUGGUACCUUGCCAGCAAGACGAAACAGGCGGGCCUUCGGGGACAAGCAGAGCUGUCUUCACCCGUUCACUGAAGAUGAUGCUGUUGAUCCAAAUGAUUCUGACAUAGACCCAGAGUCCAGAGAGACAGACUUGCUCAGCGGGAUGGAUGGCAAAGGCUCCUACCAGGUGAAGGGCUGGAAGCUUACACAGCAACAGUUUGUGGCCCUUUUGUGGAAGAGACUGCUAAUUGCCAGACGGAGUCGGAAAGGAUUUUUUGCUCAGAUUGUCUUGCCAGCUGUGUUUGUCUGCAUUGCCCUUGUGUUCAGCCUGAUCGUGCCACCCUUUGGCAAGUACCCCAGCCUGGAACUUCAGCCCUGGAUGUACAACGAACAGUACACAUUUGUCAGCAAUGAUGCUCCCGAGGACACGGGAACCCUGGAACUCUUAAACGCCCUGACGAAAGACCCUGGCUUCGGCACCCGCUGUAUGGAAGGAAACCCCAUCCCAGACAUGCCCUGCCAGGCAGGGGAGGAAGAGUGGACCACUGCCCCAGUUCCCCAAACCAUCAAGGACCUCUUCCAGAAUGGGAACUGGACGAUGCAGAAUCCUUCACCUGCAUGCCAGUGUAGCAGCGACAAAAUCAAGAAGAUGCUGCCCGUGUGUCCCCCAGGGGCAGGGGGGCUGCCUCCUCCGCAAAGAAAACAAAACACUGCAGAUAUCCUUCAGGACCUGACGGGAAGAAACAUUUCGGAUUAUCUGGUGAAGACGUAUGUGCAGAUCAUAGCCAAAAGCUUAAAGAACAAGAUCUGGGUGAAUGAGUUUAGGUAUGGCGGGUUUUCCCUGGGUGUCAGUAAUACUCAAGCACUUCCUCCGAGUCAAGAAGUUAAUGAUGCCAUCAAACAAAUGAAGAAACACCUAAAGCUGGCCAAGGACAGUUCUGCAGAUCGAUUUCUCAACAGCUUGGGAAGGUUUAUGACAGGACUGGACACCAAAAAUAAUGUCAAGGUGUGGUUCAAUAACAAGGGCUGGCAUGCAAUCAGCUCUUUCCUGAAUGUCAUCAACAAUGCCAUUCUCCGGGCCAACCUGCAAAAGGGAGAGAACCCUAGCCAUUAUGGAAUUACUGCUUUCAAUCAUCCCCUGAAUCUCACCAAACAGCAGCUCUCAGAGGUGGCUCUGAUGACCACAUCAGUGGAUGUCCUUGUGUCCAUCUGCGUCAUCUUUGCGAUGUCCUUCGUCCCAGCCAGCUUUGUCGUAUUCCUGAUCCAGGAGCGGGUCAGCAAAGCAAAACACCUGCAGUUCAUCAGUGGCGUGAAGCCUGUCAUCUACUGGCUCUCUAAUUUUGUCUGGGAUAUGUGCAAUUACGUUGUCCCUGCCACACUGGUCAUUAUCAUCUUCAUCUGCUUCCAGCAGAAGUCCUAUGUGUCCUCCACCAACCUGCCUGUGCUAGCCCUUCUACUUUUGCUGUAUGGGUGGUCAAUCACACCUCUCAUGUACCCAGCCUCCUUCGUGUUCAAGAUCCCCAGCACAGCCUAUGUGGUGCUCACCAGCGUGAACCUCUUCAUCGGCAUCAAUGGCAGCGUGGCCACCUUUGUGUUGGAGCUCUUCACCGACAAUAAGCUGAAUAAUAUCAAUGAUAUCCUGAAGUCUGUGUUCUUGAUCUUCCCACAUUUUUGCCUGGGACGAGGGCUCAUUGACAUGGUGAAAAACCAGGCAAUGGCUGAUGCCCUGGAAAGGUUUGGGGAGAACCGCUUUGUGUCACCAUUAUCUUGGGACUUGGUGGGACGAAACCUCUUCGCCAUGGCCGUGGAAGGGGUGGUGUUCUUCCUCAUUACUGUUCUGAUCCAGUACAGAUUCUUCAUCAGGCCCAGACCUGUAAAUGCAAAGCUCCCUCCUCUGAAUGAUGAAGAUGAAGAUGUGAGGCGGGAAAGACAGAGAAUUCUUGAUGGUGGAGGCCAGAAUGACAUCUUAGAAAUCAAGGAGUUGACGAAG